CACAGCUCUCAGAGUCAUAACCCUGUCCAUUAUGAUGAGUCCACAGCUCUCAGAGUCAUAACCCUGUCCAUUAUGAUGAGUCCACAGCUCUCAGAGUCAUAACCCUGUCCAUUAUGAUGAGUCCACAGCACUCAUAACCCUGUCCACUAUGAGUCCAAAGCUCUCAUAACCCUGUCCAUUAUGAUGAGUCCACAACUCUCAUAACCCUAUCCACUAUGAGUCCACAGCUCUCAUAACCCUAUCCACUAUGAGUCCACAGCUCUCAUAACCCUGUCCAUUGUGAUGAGUCCACAGCUCUCAUAACCCUGUCCAUUAUGAUGAGUCCACAGCUCUCAUAACCCUGUCCAUUAUGAUGAGUCCACAGCUCUCAUAACCCUGUCCAUUAUGAUGAGUCCACAGCUCUCAGAGUCAUAACCCUGUCCAUUAUGACGAGUCCACAGCUCUCAGAGUCAUAACCCUGUCCACUAUGAUGAGUCCACAGCUCUCAUAACCCUAUCCGUUGUUGCGGGUUCACACCUGUCAGUGCAUACUAUGCAUCAUUUUGAGCUGUAUACCCCUGUAUUUCUCUGCUCCUGAUUUUUAUGCAGUGUGUAGACAAACUGACUAUGGAAGGAGCAGGUUAAAAAUAGCUGCACCAUGCUCUGUUUCAGCUGAUGGCGAGGGGCUGAAAAAAGAAACCCCUGGCAAGCUUGCUUUUCCAAGUCAAGAUUGCUAUUAUCACAAUUGUUGCCUGCAACUGUCACCAUUACAGAGUGAGAUAUUGUUGGGAAUUUUAAUUAAAAACCAGCUUGUAAUAUUUGCAAUGUUAUACGUUACAUUACAGUCCCUUUUCAGACACUCUUAUCCAGAGCGACAUAUAAAACUGGAGAACAUCAGUUGUAGUUUCAGGAAUACGAAAGUGUGAUAUCACCAAGAAGGCACAGAAGACCUAUUUAUAAACAAUGAGUGUAAAGUUGACCAAACAGACAACAAUUUGCACCAUAAACAUCAGUAAAUACUACCAUGCAAAUAAUCAGUGACCACUUUGUAAGGUGCAUCUUGUAGGUGUCCAUGCAUCCAUCUUGAACCAACAGGUCAGACUCACGUCAUUCACAUCAUCACGCUGGAAAGACUGAUCACAUGGUGACUGAGUUCAUGUAGGUUAUAAAUGUGAAUUCCCUUCUCGGUACCUGUCUGUUAUCUGAUGGACAGGAUGUCUAGAAGAUGUGCGGAUGGCACAGUCUGUAAGGGCACCUCGGCCUAGCUAACCCCGCCGGGGACAGAAAGAGCUAAGGCCUGCAGGUGCAAAGGAACAUGCGAGAGAUGCAAUCACUCUCUCUUUGCCCGUGAUCAGUGGAUUCUAACUCAAAGUGAACGCUUUAUCCUGCAAGUAAGCUAAAGGAACUGAUCCAUGUAGACAAAUCGGCAACAUAGCAACAAGAAAAUUCAUGUAGCCUAUGGACCUUCCUGCGACAGCGAACCAUGGCUUCCACCUCCAGGAACAACAAAAAUCCUUUCGUCAUACCAGCAAAAAGGAAAACCAAACAGAGACUAGAGACGGCCUGAUCCAAGGAUGCUCUCCAAGCCAAAGUUUCCUUGGAAAAACCAGCAAGCGUCUGCUCACACGGACCCAUCUGCGCUACAUUAGUAAGACUGACAAACAUUCAGGCAUUAGCUUAGGAAACUAAUGUGUGUUCUUUAUUUUCAAUGAAGGAUGUUAUCAAUUGUAUGUAAUGUUGUGUUUAGAUUAUAUCACAUUGCUUGCUAGUUAGCUACAAAACCUAGCCUCGCAUAGCUAACGUAUAUACCGUAUUACUACCACAACUCGUUAGAUAGAUGGUCGUAUAUUUAGAAAUGGUCCGAUAAACAAAAAGUAUCCAGUGAGCAGCAGUUCUGUGGGUGAAAACAUCUUGUUAAUGAGAGAGGUCAGAGGAGAAUGGGUGGACUCAUUCAAGCUAACAGAAAAGCCACAAAUGCUCAAACAGCUGUUUACAACAGUGGUGUGCAGAAGAACAUCUCCUGAACACAGCACAUUGAACCUUGAAGCAGAUGGGCUACAGAAGCAGAAAACCAUGCCAGGUUCCACUCCUGCCCGCUAAGAACAAGAAGAUGACCCUGCAGUAGGCACAUGAUCACCAAAGCCGGAUGACCGAAUAUUGGAAAAACGUGGACUGGUCUGGUCUGGAAUCUGCAACAUACCGCAAGUUCCUGAUCGCGAACGCGCAGAUGAAGAACUGUGGCAUCAUUUACUGCAAUGAGGGCUUCUGCCAAAUGUUUGGCUUCUCGCGGGCUGAGAUCAUGCAGCAGCCCUGCACCUGCCAGUUCCUGGUGGGACCGGGCACCAUGAAGGGGGCCCUGGCACAGGUGGCCCAGGCCCUGCUGGGCUCUGAGGAAAGUAAAGUGGAGAUCCUCUACUACGCUAAGGAAGGGACCUGCCUGCCCUGCCGCGUACAUGUGGUUCCAGUGAAGAACGAGGACGGCGCCGUCAUCAUGUUCAUCCUCAACUUUGAGGAGCUACUGGAAACCUCACACAAGAAGGGCGGACUCAGGCAAAGGCUAGCCCAGGGCUGGAUCAGGGCAGGUCAGAGCCGAGGGGCGAGGCUGAAGCUGCCCUCCCUGCACACCAUCGCCCUCCAGCGCCAGCCCUCCAUAUCCAAGGACCAGUUCGAGGGUGUGGUGGUAGAGCACUUGCAGCCCAGCAAUGACCAGGUGCCCUUGAAGGAUUUCCACAUCCCGUCCAAGGAGAGCUGCAUGCAGUCUGAAACGGAGGCCCUGAUCGAGCAGGGCCGAUCCUCACGUCCCAUUGGGCACUCUUCUCCAAAAUGGCACCCCGAGCGCCUGGACCCAGACAGACCCUUCCACGGGGACGGCCUGCCCUGGAGCCGGUCCCGGGACAGCCUGCGGACCCUCCGCCGCGCCUCCUCGCUCGAUGACAUCGACAGCAUGAGGACGGACUGGUGCGGCCGGGGUGGGGACCCGCGCCUGAACAGCAACCUAAAGCACAACUUGCUGAACUCCACCUCCGACUCGGACCUGAUGAAGUAUCGCACCAUCAGUCGGAUCCCGCAGAUCACGCUCACGUUCGGGUCUGACCGCCUCCGCCCGCCCUCGCCCACCGAGAUCGAGAUCAUCGCGCCCAGCAAGGUGAAGGACCGCACACAGAACGUUACGGAAAAGGUGACUCAGGUGCUGUCCCUGGGAGCGGACGUGCUGCCAGAGUACAAGCUGCAGGCGCCGCGGAUUCACAAGUGGACCAUCCUGCACUACAGCCCGUUCAAAGCCGUGUGGGACUGGAUCAUCCUGCUGCUGGUUCUGUACACCGCCGUCUUCACGCCCUACUCGGCCGCCUUCCUCCUCAACGAGCAGGAGGACGAGCGGCGCCGCACCUGCGGCUACACCUGCAACCCGCUCAACGUGGUGGACCUCAUCGUCGACAUCAUGUUCAUCGUCGACAUCCUCAUCAACUUCCGCACCACCUACGUCAACCACAACGACGAGGUGGUCAGCCACCCGGGACGCAUCGCCGUGCACUACUUCAAGGGCUGGUUCCUCAUCGACAUCGUCGCCGCCAUCCCCUUUGACCUGCUUAUCUUCCGCUCAGGCUCGGAUGAGCCUCAGACGACCACACUGAUUGGCCUGCUGAAAACAGCCCGGCUGCUGCGAUUGGUGCGCGUGGCGCGGAAGCUUGACCGGUACUCAGAAUACGGGGCGGCGGUGCUCUUCCUGCUCAUGUGCACCUUCGCCCUGAUCGCUCACUGGCUGGCCUGCAUCUGGUACGCCAUCGGCAACGUGGAGAGGCCUUACAUGAAGAUCGGCUGGCUGGACAACCUGGCCGACCAGAUCGGCAAGCGCUACAACGACAGCGACUCCAGCUCCGGCCCCUCCAUCAAGGACAAGUACGUGACGGCGCUCUACUUCACCUUCAGCAGCCUGACCAGCGUGGGCUUCGGCAACGUCUCGCCCAACACCAACUCCGAGAAGAUCUUCUCCAUCUGCGUCAUGCUCAUUGGCUCGCUGAUGUACGCCAGCAUCUUCGGGAACGUGUCGGCCAUCAUCCAGCGGCUGUACUCGGGCACGGCGCGCUACCACACCCAGAUGCUGCGGGUCAAAGAGUUCAUCCGCUUCCACCAGAUCCCCGGGGGCCUGCGCCAGCGCCUGGAGGAGUACUUCCAGCACGCCUGGUCCUACACCAAUGGCAUCGACAUGAACGCUGUGUUGAAGGGAUUCCCAGAGUGCUUGCAAGCAGACAUCUGCCUGCACCUGAACCGCAGCCUGCUGCAGAACUGCAAGGCGUUCCACGGGGCCAGCAAGGGCUGCCUGCGCGCCCUGGCCAUGCGCUUCAAGACCACCCACGCCCCGCCCGGCGACACCCUGGUGCACUACGGCGACGUGCUCACCGCGCUCUACUUCAUCUCGCGUGGCUCCAUCGAGAUCCUGCGCGAGGAUGUGGUGGUGGCCAUAUUGGGUAAGAAUGAUAUCUUCGGGGAGCCCCUCAGUCUGUACGCGCGACCCGGCAAGUCCAAUGCAGACGUGCGGGCGCUGACCUACUGCGAUCUCCACAAGAUCCACAGGGAUGACCUGCUGGAGGUGCUGGAUAUGUACCCGGACUUCUCUGAUAACUUCUGGAUCAACCUGGAGAUCACUUUCAACCUGCGAGAUGUAGAUGGAAUCUUCCAGUCGCUGCCCAGUGAAGACUCUGAAUGUGGUUACCGGCGGCCAAGGAGAAAGAGAAACUCCCUGCACCGCCGCAACCGGCCCGAUGGGAUGGAUCGGGAAGAACCCUACUCCAACCAGCCUUGCCCUACCAUGGCAAACCACCAGGGGGCAUCACCUGGUCCACAGUGGGAUGAGCUCUGCAGCACUGCCAGUUCCUGCUCUCAGUCCAGCCAGGAAGAAAUGAAGCCCCUGGCCCACAGCCCCACUGAGCUGUACCCAGCUGGAGGUGACAGCUGUGACUACCCCCCCACUGUGGUCAGCCUGCUGCCCCCUAGCAGUGCCACAGCAGGCACGGGGGGCCCCAUGGAACGAAAUGGCACCUAUACAGGUACUGGUGAGAGAGUGGCCGCUCUGAACAUGCCGAGUCUGUACAGGUUCUGUCCCGACCGCCGGUCCAGUCAGUUCUCAGAGAGCACGCGCCGCUCCUCCUCCGUCAGGGCCACCUAUCACCCGCCCCCCUGCGCGGAGGACCGGCCCAGCGAGCUGGAGUCCCGCCUCGAGCUGCUCCAGUCCCAGCUCAACAGGCUGGAGACCAGGAUGACGGCCGACAUCAACAUGAUCCUGCAGCUGCUGCAGAGGCAGGCGGCCCCGGUGCCCCCCGCGUACUGCGCCGUGUCGCCCGGCUCCCGCCGCCCGCGCCCCACGCACCCGCCCCGCCCGCGCAGCCCCGGCGCACAGGCCCCCGUCACGCCGGCGCGGACGCACAGCCGGCCCUCGCCCCCGCAGAGCGUGGAAGCUCCCGAUCCCGACAGGCUCAACACGGACUCCAGGCGCUCCGUGUUCAGCGGCGUCCGCCUGGCCAUGCCCCCUGACCAGGCCACGCCCCUUUCGCCUGAGACGCGCGCGGCCACGCCCUGCCUGAGGCCGUCCCCGGUCCUCGUCUCCGCGGGCGCGGGCGGACUGAGCGGCGGCCUGCGCUCCCCCUCGCUCCCCGAGAACCUGGAGACCCCCGCGGGGCCUGCUGACAUACAGAGACACAUCUCAGACCCAGUUCUGCCUGGCAGCUAGAGCCCCCCACCUCACUCAGCUCUGUCCAGUGGCACUAAGCCACGCACACAUAUUAGGACAGGAGCACGGCCACCCAGCUGGCCACCGGGUACCCAUCGACCACCUCUGCGUCUCGGCCGCCCUCCUCUCUCUCCUUUCCAGCACGCACCCCAUGGCCUGUGGGAGGACAGCGGCUUAUCUACCUGGAGAACACAAGAGCACCUCCAGCUUCUCCUGAAGCCAGUGCAGAACGACAUAUGGAAGCAUUAGGAACUUUCUCUUAGCCCUACACAAGCCAUGCCCUGUCUCUGUUGCCUACUGGACAGGAAAAUAUAAGCACAACCAAACUCCCAUCGCCCCCGUGGCUUUGAAACAUAGCUGGCUCUGUACACCUUUGCAUAUAUUGUGUUUUUGUGACUACGCACCUUCUCUGAGGAGAUUUGAAUCGUGUCUGAAAAGUAACAACACACAUUAGCCAGGGCACACAGAUUUUAAUGAUACCGUCAGUGGACUGUUAGUCUGUGGCCAUACACUGUACAGUCUCGGCUGUGAUGGGGCAUAGAUCAGGUCUGAAUAUGUGGGUGGACAGUGCACAGUUUAAGGGGGCAGUGGGGAGACAUAUAUAGGCGCAACAUGUGAAAGCUCCCCCCCCCCCCCCCCCAAGCCCCUAUAAUGGAUGUGAGAUUGUCAGAGGACAGGAUGAGUCUACGCACAAGCAGUAACUAACAGAUGCCCCCAGAUGCUCAGCUGUAGACAUUUUCCAGUUAGGUACCAUAUCUAUGUUUUUUUUAAAACUCUGUUAUGAUCAUUUUAAAGUAGAUGCCUAAAUUUGCACUUUUCAUGCAUUUUAUGUCCACCAACAAGACAAUGAAAGCUUGGGACUGGUUGCAUGAGCAUACCAUAAGAGUUUAAUUUGCACCCGGGUACAGGCAUACCCACAGGUACAGAUUCAGUUAGACUACAACCCUACCGGUACUCUAUAAUCAAGCAGCGAUUUUCGUCAGAUUUCAAAGAACAGUUGUCUAACCUCUGCCAAAUGAAAUUGUUGGCGCAAUUUUGUAUUGUAAUUUAUUUUGUCUUUCUGCAACCUUAACGUAAUGAGGGGUGACGGGUGUGGUCUGGACACACAAGCACAUGUAGCAUACUUGAGCGUCUGGCGUUUCCACUGCUGUAAAUCUUAGAGAAGCAACGUGGUGUUUUUAGGACAUUUAGGACUGCUUGUUUCCAACGCGACUCCUUUAUUGAUGUGUUUGCAUAGGCAGGUGAAUGUAACAAGACAUGAACCCUUCAUUGUUUUGAAAUUUUAAAAGGUUUCGUAAAGCAUGAAGAAUUAUUUUUUUAGAUUGAAGUGACCGAUAAGCAUUUCAAUUAAAGUGUUUCAAUUCUG